GCCCCUCUCGUCUUCUUCUCGUCCUUCGCUGAUUCGUGUCUCAUCUCUCCUGCAUUCUCUCUCUCCCUUUCGAUCAAUUUGGAUCCUCUCUUGUCACGCCAUAUCCUACUAUAUAUCCCCGAUCAGUAUACCACGACACCUGGAUCUUGACAAGGUCCCUCUCACCCCCGCGAACCUUCUACGUCAUUCGAGUUCUAACCAGCUUACUCCCUGUUUGCACAACCCGGAUCAUAACUGGAAUUCCUUCCCUCCCCCUUCGCUACCCCGGGUGACUUUUGCACCUGCAAUCUUUUCCUGUCAUAUUUAUUUACUUGCGGAUCCAGCGUUCAUACCCAUUGGGUUCCUCCAAUUAGCGUUUUCGUUGAUCUUGCUUUUCUGCCGGGCACUUAAGUACCUCGACCUGCACCCCGCACGCACGAUCAUUCGCACACGCACAACAAUACACAAUGGUUGCUGAAACAAAACUCUACGAUUCCUUGAGCAUCAAACCUGAGGCGUCUCAGGAUGAAAUUAAGAAAGCUUACCGGAAGGCCGCCUUGAAGUACCAUCCGGAUAAGAACAAAGAUAACCCCUCUGCGUCGGAGAAGUUUAAGGAGGUCUCGCAAGCUUAUGAAGUUCUUUCCGACCCCGAAAAGCGCAAGGUCUAUGACCAAUUCGGCCUCGAGUAUCUCCUGCGCGGUGGUCCUCCCCCGUCGCCCGGUGGUGGCGCCGGCGGCGCAGGAGGUAGUCCGUUCGAGGGUGGCAUGCCCGGAGGGUUCUCGUUCGGAGGCAUGCCUGGCGGCGGCGGCGGCGGAGCCCGCACCUUCCACUUCUCCACGGGUCCCGGGGGCGGCGGCCGAUCCGGCUUCAGCUUCAGCUCCGCCGACGAUAUUUUCAAAAACUUCGCCAAGGCCGGCGGCGGCGGAAUGGGCGGCAUGGACGACGAUGAUCUCUUCUCGAUGCUCGGCGGCGGGCUAGGCGGUGGUGGUGGUCGGAGUUUCCGCUCGAGUCGUGGUCCUAGCAGCUUCGGGCAGUCCUCUCGGCGCGCUCCGCCGCCUGAGCCUACUGUGAUGGAGAAGGAGCUGCCGCUGACCUUGGAGGAGUUGAUGCGCGGUACUACUAAGAAGGUCACGGUUAAGAGCAAGGCGUUCGAUGCUAGUGGCAAGCGGACCGUUCAGGACGUGACCCUGGAGGCCAACAUCAAGCCUGGUCUGCGGACGGGCUCGAAGAUCAAGUACCGCGGCGUGGGCGACCAAGAAGAAGGUGGUCGUCAGGACGUGCAUCUUAUCGUUACAGAGAAAUCAAACCCCAACUUCAAACGCCACGGCGACAACCUCAUCACCACCGUCGACCUCACCCUUAAAGAGGCUCUCACGGGCUGGGAGCGGAUCGUCCGCACCAUCGACGGCAAGUCGAUCAGAGUCGCCAAGCCAGGUCCGACGCAGCCCGGCCACGAAGAACGGUAUCCGGGCUGGGGCAUGACGAUAUCGAAGAAGCCCAACGAGCGAGGCGACCUGAUCGUUCGGGUUAACGUCAAAUUCCCGACGAGCUUGACUAGCGAACAGAAGGACGUGCUGAAGGACGUGCUUCCUAAUUGAGUUCUGAAUUUCGUGGAUUAUACCUCUUAGCAUGGAUGGCGUUUUUUGUUUUAGGGAGCGGUUGGCGGUUUUUGCUUUUGCUUUGCUCUUUGUAUAUGGUGUUACUAAUGAUCGCUGAUGAUGAUGAUGAUUGGUGUUGAAAUUUAUACUCUAUUUUGUAGAGCAUUGGCAAUAAAAGUAUCUAUCAAUUCCUCGAAUGC